UCUCUCCUCUCUCCCUCUCUCUCUCUCUCUCUCUGUUUUUCUCUAUCCGAAACCCUAACAAGGCAAGUUCCAAGCUCUCUCUUCUGUUGCUGCGGAUUUCACGGCCUAAGAGUUCGAUCUGAAUCCUGAGUGUGUUGGCCGUCUAAGUUGCGUCGCUCAGAUUCGGCUCCAAUUUAAUAUAAUUGCGUUUGGUUAUAGUAAAUUCGCUUCAUGAUCUUCAAGCUACAGGCUGAUUUUCUAGCUAUUUCUCGAUAAGUACGUCUAGAACUUUAAUCAAAUCCCUCCUUUUUUCAGUUUUUUGGUCCGACUGUGAAGGAGAAAUAGGCAGCAGAUAUUAAGAAUCACUAUGACUAUCAAAACUCCUUCAACACCAGCUUCGAAAAUAGAGAGGAUACCAGCAUCAACACCUGGAGGACCUCGAUCUAAGGAAGAAAAAAUCGUUGUUACUGUACGGUUAAGACCUCUGAGUAAAAAGGAGCAGCAAGCGAAGGAUCAAAUGGCAUGGGAAUGCAUUGACAAUAAUACGAUUGUGUAUAAACCCCAGACUCAGGAACGUCAUACUCAACCCGCCUCGUUUACAUUUGAUAAAGUUUUCGGUCCCGCUUCUUUGACCGAGGCAGUAUAUGAGGAAGGAGUAAAGAAUGUUGCCUUAUCUGCUCUAAUGGGAAUCAAUGCCACCAUAUUCGCCUAUGGGCAAACUAGUAGUGGAAAGACAUUUACAAUGAGGGGGAUAACUGAGAAAGCUGUUAAUGAUAUCUACAAACAUAUUAUUAAUACACCCGAGAGAGAUUUUACAAUUAGAAUUUCUGGACUGGAAAUAUACAAUGAGAACGUUAGGGAUCUAUUGAAUACAGAACCAAGUCGGAAUCUAAAGCUUCUUGAUGACCUAGAGAAAGGUACAAUGGUUGAGAAAUUAGUAGAGGAAACGGCGAGUAAUGAUCAACAUUUGAGACAUUUGAUUGGCGUCUGUGAGGCUCAAAGACAAGUUGGUGAAACAGCCUUAAAUGACUACAGCUCUCGGUCACACCAGAUAAUAAGGCUGACAAUUCAAAGUACCCUACGAGAAAAUUCAGAUUGCGUUAGGUCUUUUGUGGCAAGCUUGAACUUUGUUGAUCUAGCUGGAAGUGAGAGAGCUUCACAGACACAUACUGAUGGUGCUAGGCUGAGAGAAGGCUGUCAUAUUAACCUUAGUUUGAUGACGCUCACAACCGUGAUCAGAAAGCUAAGUCUCGGAAAGAGAAGUGGUCAUAUACCUUAUAGAGACUCGAAACUCACCCGCAUAUUGCAGCAUUCACUUGGUGGAAAUGCACGAACCGCCAUUAUAUGCACAUUGAGUCCAGCCCUGACUCAUGUUGAACAAUCGCGGAAUACUUUGUAUUUUGCCACCCGGGCAAAGGAAGUGACUAAUAACGCCCAAGUUAAUAUGGUUGUAUCGGACAAACAAUUGGUCAAACAUUUACAGAAGGAAGUUGCCAGGCUCGAAGCAGAACUGCGCACUCCUGAUCCAAAGAAGGAGAAAGAUUUUAAAAUCCAGCAGAUGGAAAUGGAGAUUGAAGAAUUAAGGCGACAAAGAGACCUUGCUCAAUCCCAGGUCGACGAGCUCCGCAGAAAACUUGAGGAGGACCAGCAGGUUUCAAACCCAAUUGAAUCUGCCCAUCCUCCAGUGAAGAAGUGCUUGUCCUUUACUGGGACAUUGCCUCAGAAACUUGACGGCAAGGACCUGGGCCGUGGUAUGAUAUUAAGGCAGUCUAUCAUGCGACAAUCAUCUACUGCUCCUUUCACACUUAUGCAUGAAAUUCGCAAGCUGGAACAUCUCCAGGAACAGCUUGGGGAGGAAGCUAAUAGAGCCCUGGAAGUAUUGCAAAAGGAGGUGGCUUGUCACAGACUGGGGAACCAAGAUGCAGCAGAAACAAUUGCCAAGUUGCAAGCUGAAAUAAGAGGAAUGAGGUCAGUCUGUUCAGAACCAAAGGAGGUUGAGGUUGGUAGCGUUAUUGCUACUAACCAGAGUGUAGGUGCUAAUCUAAAGGAAGAGAUAACACGGCUUCAUUCUCAAGGUAGCACCAUUGCCAAUUUAGAAGAGCAGCUUGAAAAUGUUCAGAAGUCUAUUGACAAGUUAGUAAUGACUCUACCAACCAAUUAUCAGCAGUUCAUGAGUGAUUCAACCCCCAAACAAAAAAGUUAUACCAAAAAGAAGAAAUUGCUUCCUUUGGCCUCGAGUAAUGUUGCCAACCGGCAAAACUUUUUAAGAUCGCCAUGCUCACCUUCAACAACUUCCCAGCAAGUACUGGAGUCCGAUUUUGAAAAUAGACCUCCUGGGAGUGAUGAUAUAUUCUCACCUGAGAUUCUGCACGAGUCUGAGAAAGGGACUCCAACAAAGAGUGAAGAAGGUGGAGAUGUCUCGUCAAAGGAGAGCACUCCUUGUUAUCGAAGAUCAAGUUCUGUGAACAUGAAGAAGAUGCAAAAGAUGUUCCAAAAUGCUGCAGAAGAAAACGUAAGAAGCAUAAGAGCAUAUGUAACAGAAUUGAAAGAGCGUGUGGCUAAACUGCAGUACCAAAAACAGCUACUUGUUUGUCAGGUCCUUGAGCUGGAAGCAAAUGAAGCUGCUGGCAACAAAUUAGAUUGUGAUGAAAACUCAUUUGAGCAGGAUGAGGACCAAGUUCCGUGGCAUGUAACUUUCCGGGAGCAAAGGCAGCAGAUUAUUGAGUUAUGGGAUGCUUGCUAUGUCUCCAUUAUUCACAGAUCUCAGUUCUACCUUUUAUUCAAGGGCGACCAGGCUGAUCAGAUUUACCUGGAAGUAGAGAUGAGGCGCUUAACAUGGCUACAGGAGCACCUAGCGGAGUUUGGCAAUGCUAGUGGAGCUCACGUUGGAGACGACGAGCCAACAAUCUCUCGCUCGUCAAGCAUAAGGGCAUUGAGACGUGAAAAGGAGUUUCUUGCAAAGAGAUUAACUUCACGUUUGACAGCAGAAGAAAGAGAUGCGUUGUACAUUAAAUGGGAAGUACCUCUUGAAGGGAAACAGAGGAGAAUCCAAUUUGUUAACAAACUCUGGACAGAUCCUCACGACCCUAAGCAUAUUCAGGACAGUGCUGAGAUAGUGGCAAAGCUUGUCGGGUUCCGCGAAGGUGGCAACAUGUCCAGGGAGAUGUUUGAACUCAAUUUUGCUGUUCCUUCCGACAAAAGACCAUGGAUUAUGGGAUGGAACCCAAUUUCAAACUUCCUUAAUCUGUGAGAAAAUUCGUUUUUCUUGUAAAUAAUCUUCUGAUUCCUUUCGUAUGUUUUGAUUAAUUUUGGAGCUUUCCUCCAGAAUUCCUCGUAGAUUGUGUCUGAGAUGGAUCAGACCCAAUCGAUUCCUAAGAACAAAAGAAUUUGAUUCAUUUU